CCUCACCCCACCGGCACCCACCCCGCUGCUCCCCACGGUGAGGGGGGGAAAAAAAAUCCAAGGGAGAGGGAUCUGAGGGAAGGUGCACUGCAGAGGGAUCCCAGACAACCCAGGUGAUGACCUGAAAAAAUCAUGUCUGAGGUCCAGGGAACGGUCGAGUUUUCUGUGGAGCUACACAAAUUCCAUAAUGUGGACCUCUUCCAGAGAGGGUAUUACCAGAUAAGAGCUGGACUGAAGAUCCCAUCUAGGAUUCCCCACAGGGUGUUUGCUACGAUUGCAGGACAGACAGGUGAUUCCAGCCUUUGCUCAGCCUGCGUUCAUGAAAACAAUGUUUACAGCAGAAUAUUUCAGAUUUUGUACAGAAACGAAGAGAUCAUUCUUAAUGAAUCAAUGAACUUCAGAGUGCACCUGCUUCUGGAUGGUGAAAGGGUGGAAGAUGCAUUGAGUGAGGCAGAUUUUCAGCUCAAGCUGGACCUGCACUUCACUGACAGCGAACAACAGCUGAGAGAUGUCCCAGCGAUCCCUAUGAUCAGCAGCCGCACACUGUGUCUUCACUUCCACCCCCGGAGAGGUCUGCACCACCAUGUUCCUGUCAUGUUUGACUAUUUCCACCUGUCAGUGAUAUCCGUCACAGUGCACGCGUCCCUGGUAGCGUUACACCAGCCUCUGAUCAGCUUUGCUCGUCCGGGGAAAGGUUCAUGGCUUGGUAAGGGAAACCUGGAGGCAGGACCAGACCAGUCCAGUAUGUCAUUAGAAAAUCUAGUGUUUGGAGCUGGCUACUGCAAACCCACUUCUUCAGAGGGCAGCUUUUACGUCCCAUCUGAAAACUGCAUGCAGCACGCGUACAAAUGGCAUAAGGACCUCUGCCUUCUGCUCUUGAAUGCUCAAAGAGGACUUCACGUGUACUACACCCUCAUAAUGAAGGAGAUUCCUGAUUUACCACAGCUGAAGUUGGAGGAGCUAUCUGUGGAGGAGACGUUAUCUCAGCUGUGUACGGAGCUGCAGCUUCUGAGCAAUCCGGAGAAGAUAGCAGAACAGAUAAGCAAGGAUCUUGCCUGGCUUUGCUCCCACCUUCUGGCCCUGUGGACCCAGUUCCUGGAGGUGGCAACUCUCCAUCCAGAAGUCACAGCUUAUCUGACUCAGGAACAUCACAUGCUAAGGGUGAGAAGAUUCUCAGAAGCCUUCUUCUACACUGAGCACCAGAAGCUCGCUGUGCUCACAUUCCAGGAGGGCCUGAUCCAAAGUCAUGGACAGAUUUUGACGGAAAUUCGUAACUCGGAGUAUUUCACCAGCAUGCCCCCGCUUCCGGCAGAAUGCCUCGACAUAGACGGGGACUGGAACACGCUCCCAGUUAUCUUUGAAGAUAGGUACAUGGAUAUGCCUUGCAAAGAUCAGAAUUUGGAAGUUUUCCCAGAUUUUGAGGUUCCUGCAAAUACCCAAAUGGAUGCAAUAGGUAACAACGAAGAUUUUACAUCAAAUGAUGCUGCUGCAGUAAUGAAAGGAGACUUUGGGAAAGGUACUCUGAUAAUACACACAGACAGGAUAAAUGGGAAUCCCUCUUGCAUGUACAGUGGCACUGAAGGUGCUGAUUAUACAGCUAAAGGUUUAAACCAGCACUCCACAUCUCAGGUAUGUAUAGUGAACAAAGAAGGCCAAAGGAAACCUGAAAGUCUUUUUGUUUUAAGUAAGGAAACUACUUCUGACUCGGAGCCAGGCAAUACAGAAUGCACAUCAGAAGACUUUAAAACAUCCGAGGAAGUUUUAUUAAAAGACAAUAGACUUGUGGCCGAUGUUGUCUGUAAAGAUAUGAAACCUAGCAAUAAGGAUUCCCACAAAAGUGAGCCCAUGUUAAUUGUCAGUGCUCAGUAUGAGUGUGGAGCAUGUGGAACUGAUGUUUUGGAAGACAGGACUGAAAUACAUAAGACAGAUGAAUCUAGUCAAUCUGAGAAUAAUCUCACCUCAUCUGAGCUCGCGCUGAAUGAAUUAACCAGUCUUGAAAAAGCAGGAGAUCCAGACACCAAGGCUCUGCUCCCUGUUGUGAAAACUUUGCCCGCGCACAGCUUUGAAGUGAAAUUGUUCACAAAGGAGCAACGAGGUGAGGAGUGUGAAGAAUUUACCGUGAUGUCAGGGGUUAUAAAAAGAUCCUCCUCUAUAAUAUCCGAUUCAGGCAUUGAAAGUGAACCAAGUUCGGUGGCGUGGUCCGAUGCUCGUAGCCGGGCACUGGAGCUGCCCAGCGAUCGAGAGAUCCUGCACCACUUGAUACGGAGGCACGCCAUCCACCGAAAUUCCCUGGAGGGUGGCCACACUGAAAGCAAUACUAGUUUGCCCAGUGGGAUCCAAGCAUCGCUCACAUCCAUUAGCUCUUUGCCCUUUGAGGAAGAUGAGAGGGAAGUAGAGCUAACCAAGCUGACCAAAUCUGUCUCAGCUCCUCAGAUCAGUAGCCCAGAAGAGCCUGCAGAGGAAGUGGAUAUAUCCAAACACGGUGAAGUAUCCUCAAGAGAUUCAGGAAGAAACUUAAAAAGUUGUUUGGAAACAGAUGGUGAGGAUGAGCAAUUAGUCGUAGACUUUCCUGGGUGUCAGAUCACCACUGGAAGAGGACAACUGGAACCACGAGGACAUCCCAAACCCUCUGUCGAACAUGGUAGCAGUAACAUUGAGUUACAAGGGGAGGAGGAGAAGGAAGAUUUUCCAGAGACUUUCUGUAGUUUGGGAAGUGCAAAACCACCCAUUUGUGCAAAGCAGCUCAGAGAUAACAUCUCCGAAUGCCAGUCAGUGGAGAGCAAUGGUGAGUGCAACUUAAAAACACCAAGGGCUUGUAAUUACUUGGACAAAAAUAUAGGUAAGUUUGAUGCAUGCAUCGAGGAUCCAAAGGAUAAACUUAAGGCGGACAGUUUAAAAACACAACAAGACUUUUACUCAAAUAGCAGAAUUUCAGGAGAGGAGAGUUUCUCACAAAGCAUAAAGCUGGUACCAGAUUUUUGCUAUCCUGUUCCAGCUCCUUCAGAGACCUCAACCGAAUUUGGCUCAAUGCAAGGAGAGUGUGGUAGCUCUCUUGCUGACGAGAGCCCGGCAGUGUAUGCAGAAAUGCAGGGGUUGCAAGAAAUUGAGCUCAAUGACUCACCUGCCUCAUCAGACCCUGCUGCAGGAUCCUACCAGGCUGAACAUCCUCAAGAACCCAACAGCCAAGAGCAUAAACUUGUAGCUAACGGCACCGGAUUUCAUUCAGCGACGACAGAGGGAGUAGCCCUGGAAAGCAGAAAGGCUGUUGAUGUGGUCAACCUGUCCGUCUCUUGCACAGCCACGUGUCUUCCCUUUUCUUCUGUGCUCAAAGAGACCCCUGCUAUGGUCGGCUUCUCUGCAAAGCAGGCUGCCUUCCCCAUCACACGCCAGCCUCUGGGCUCUUUUGGAGUUGUCUCCUCGAAUUCAAAUGAGGUGGAUGAAGAGACCAAUGAAAGGAUGUUGAAUUUUUAUCAGGCCAAAGAAAAAUUUAAAAAAGAAAUGAAGAUUGAAGGAUUUCUGUACAGUGACUUAUCUGUACUAGCUUCUGAUAUCCCAUAUUUUCCACCAGAGGAAGAGGAAGAAAAUUUGGAAGAUGGAAUUCACCUGGUUGUCUGUGUCCAUGGAUUGGAUGGUAACAGUGCAGAUCUGCGGCUGGUAAAGACUUUUAUAGAACUGGGACUCCCUGGUGGAAAACUGGACUUCCUAAUGUCUGAAAGAAAUCAGACUGAUACUUUUGCUGACUUUGAUACAAUGACUGACCGAUUAUUGGAUGAAAUUAUUCAGCAUAUCCAAUUGUACAACCUCUCCAUAUCCCGAAUAAGUUUUAUUGGACAUUCCCUUGGUAACGUGAUUAUUCGAUCGGUACUAACUCGCCCCAGGUUUCGCUAUUACCUCAACAAAUUGCACACCUUCCUGUCCCUCUCCGGGCCUCACCUGGGAACCCUUUACAACAACAGUACCUUGGUUAGUACAGGUCUAUGGCUCAUGCAGAAGUUGAAAAAGUCAGGGUCACUGUUGCAACUGACCUUCAGGGACAAUGCAGAUCUGCGCAAGUGUUUCCUCUAUCAGCUCAGCCAAAAAACGGGUCUUCAGUACUUUAAAAAUGUUGUGUUAGUGGCCUCACCCCAAGACAGAUAUGUCCCCUUUCAUUCUGCAAGAAUAGAAAUGUGCAAAAAUGCACUUAAGGACAGACACACAGGUCCCGUUUAUGCAGAAAUGAUUAACAACCUGCUCCAGCCUUUGAUUGGGGCGAAGGACUGCACUUUGAUAAGACACAACGUGUUCCACGCUCUGCCAAACACGGCCAACACGUUGAUAGGCCGAGCUGCCCACAUCGCCGUGCUGGACUCUGAACUUUUCCUGGAGAAGUUUUUCCUCGUGGCAGGACUCAACUACUUCAAAUAGUGCCUGAAGUACGGGAUAACAGAGGCAAAACUUUUCAUCGAGUGGAAGAGAAUCCCUUUGCCAAAAGAGUGCAGUGUUAGAAAUGAGAUCAGGUGGGACUUUCAAACUCUUCAUUUCCAUUUCUGUUUCAGAGAAUAAAGUGCUAUGGCUUUAAGGCGUUCAAGCUUCCAAAUAUUGGUGCUUUUGGAAGAAAUAAAUAUUCCUCUUCAGUUUCUAUGGUCUUUGUCCACAUAAAGACAUGAGACUCUUCUGAAGUACAGAAUCGGAAUAAGAAGGCUAAUUCUCUAAAUGUGAUUGGAUCUAUAUGAUUCCCAUUUCUCCUGAAUACACCCAGGAACUUGGCUGUCCUUGAUUUAAUGUUUAUUUACCUAUUAACAAAGCUAUACAUUUGUAGCACUUUCGGGGUAGUUGACACAAGAGGAAACAAGCAUAUAUGAACUCAGGUUAAAACCUCCUCUGUGAUGAACUGAGAAGCCUGAAAAACAUUUAUGAAAGUUUCAGUGUUUCCAUUUGUUGAAAGAAAAUAUUAGGAUGGUUCCAUUACUGGUAAUAAUUUGUAACAUACAUACAUUCAGAUAACGGAAAGGAGUGAAAUAUUUAACUUAGAAUGAAGAAAACUUUAUAUUUGUCUUUUGAAAAACCCCAAACUUUAUGUUGGGAAGAAUUUGGUUCAAGUUAUAAGCUACAAAACCAAGAGGAUUCUGUAGGAUUAUUUGUGAAAUGUCAGUGGCAUCUCUUAGCAUUUCUUCUGUUUACAUUUAUAGAGGAUCAUUAUUGUGCUUGUUAUCACCUUAGAGGUACAAUUUUUACUUGUAUCUAAGUACAUUUACCCCAACAAAAUUUUUAUUUUUUUAAAAUUUGUUACUUUGAUAUGUAAUUCAAAAUCUAAGCAGUCAUACCCCUAAAAGCUCCCCGGUUGAUCAGAUGAAAAUAGGCUGGAGACACAGAGUAGUAAGGACUGUGGAAAACAUCAAAAUUAUAAUGAAUGUCCUCUUAGGCUCCUCUGCAGUGCUCUAUUAAAGCUUUACAAAUGCCCAUUUGCAGAGCUAUACACAGUCCUAAUUAUUAUAUGGUUACAGUUUGAAACAUUUAAAACUUUAUUCAUACAAAGAUAUCCAAAUUGUUUUUAAGAGGUCAGAAAAGAACUCAUUUUUCACUUUUUUAGUGGCCUUUUCCCCAAAUUUUUAAUUAAAAUGUCUAUUAAAAAGUUAUCAGAUUUAAUAUGAAAAAUUUCAAUAGCUUUCUAUACAUUUUCAUACCAUUUUGAUAAAUUUUCAGUGUCAUAGCAGUUUUAUCAAAAAAGAGAAAGUGAAUAAUUCUUCACAAUUAUUUUUGUUUGGAAGACAGGCAAUUUUUUAAUGCAAACAUAAUUUGUUUAAAAACAUGAAUGACCAGCCCUCUAUAUCUUGGGACAAAGACUAUAAAAAGAUCACAAACAUGGUUUCAGGUAUCAAGACUCUCAUCAGUAAAUCAAGACUAAGAUAGUGGAUAUUUCUGAAUUAAGAGAGUUAAAAAAUGAAAACAAAAAACCUCACAACCACAGGGAAAUAUUGGUACAUGCAAAAAGUAAAAAAAAAAAAUUUUUUAAGAGAAAAAGUGGAAAACUUACACAGAGCUAAUUCAAGAAAAGAGUUGCUAGCAAACUGGUAAAGGCUGCUAAAGAACAAGGCUGGUUUGAUAAUCUAGGCAUGAUUUUAAAAUGGAAAGGAGAACAAAAGAUUAUUCACCAGUAAAUAGGAAGGUAUAUUGCACUUAAAAAUCAUCUUCCCCUCAAAGGGGCAGAAAUCAUAUAGAAACAGUUACAUCGUGUGUUUUAACAUUGGCAAUUUUUUUAAACAUAUUACCUCAGUAUUUGAAUUAAAUAGGUAGACACUAUUUUCUCCUUUUUUUUCCCGUUUAAAUUGACAUUUUAAAGCUAAAAGCUGGAUUUACCCAGUUAAAAAAUAAAUUCUGUCAGGAAUCAAGAACUUCUGGUUCCCACUUCUGGUCUGGGAAGUCAAGGCCCAGUCAAGGCCACUUUUUGGCCUCAACAUUUUAGUGCCAUCUACACUUACAUAUCACAGCUUACUUCUACCUUGGUAAAUUGUUUACAGAAUUUUAAAUAUAAUGGGACAUGUAGGUUAAUCAUAGAAUCAUAGAAUGGUUUGGGUUUGGAAGGGACCUUAUAGAUCAAGUUCCAACUCCCCUGCCCUGAGCAGGGACACCUCCCACCAGACCAGGUUGCUCAAAACCCCUUCCAGCCUGGCCUUGAACCCCUCUAGGGAUGGGGCAUCCACAGCUUCUCUGGGCAACUUGUUCCAGUGUCUCACCAUCCUCAGACAUGGACUUCUAGGGAGUACUUGAAAGAGAGAAACGCAAUCUCCAACCAUCAGCUUCGGUGCAAGAUUUGACUGUCCAGCUUAAUAAAAAACAAACUCCAAAGAGAUAAAUCAGGCUCCUUUAAAAUUUGGCAGAAAAUGUGGUUUUUUCCCAGCCUCCAAUAGAUGCCCAUUUUCUCUUUAAUGAAACUGUUAAUUUGUUUACAAAAUCAGGUCUAUCCACUGGCAAGAGAGGAACUUGAAAUUGCUUAGCUCUAAAGGCUUGAAAUCUUAGCACAGAGGUUUGGAAAUUACUAACAGGAAUACUGAGCACUACUUUACUUCAAAGCACUUCAAAAAUAUCCACUGACCGAUCCUCUUCACUGUUCACUUGCCAGAGAAGAGACACGCUUGACAGAGAAAGCUCUCGCAAGACGACAUGAAAACUGGGAAUUCAAGCCAAGUUUUCAUUAGCAUUUGUAGGUUCCUCUGGUGUUUUCUGCAUGUUAAAAAAAGAUCUCUUCCUUUCUGCCUCUGCGUUUGAAAUAGCUGAGUGUUAAGGUCAGCCAUGUCUUUGUCUUGCUGAGUCUUGAAAACAUCUGGUGAUGAACAUACUCCAACUACUGUGGAUUAUCUUAUCAACUGUUGUACAUCACUCCCCCUUCAAAAAAAAGUAAUUAAAAAUCCAGUUCAAACUUUCUAAGCUGCAACAUCUUGCUGUUACCUUUUAUUAUACUACCUUUUUAUCUCAUGGAGAGCAACUUGUCUCUGACAUUUCCCUCCACUGGGAAAUGACUUGUAAAUCUCUUUUUAAUACCUGCAGACAGCUCUUAGGUUGUCACUUGGUCUUCUCAAGCUUUCCUCAGAAGCCAUGUGCUUAGGCACCUCACCUUCUUGACGGCCCAUGCUGGCCCUUUCCAGUUUCUCAUCCCUGAUCUGGGUUUAGGAGGCUACAGGUACUGGCAAACCUCUUGGAUGACAGCUCUGGUGCAGACUGGUACCUUUUCCCUGCGCAAGAGGGCUCACUGGCUGUCGAUUCUCAUCACAUCCUCUUCCUAGAUCAGGUUCUAAUCUGAAGAGCUCUGAUUGACACAACUUGCAAGCUUCCAUCUUACAUUGCCCUGUGAGUUCAACUUUACUUCUUGCUCCUGUGUUCUCUUGGUUAAGGUGAUUGUACCAGCAAGGGCAAAGUGUUGUGACCCGUGGCAUACCACCACUGUUUAUGGGCCUCUAUUUCAGCACACAAUACAUCUGGCUCCUCAUUGCACCCUUGGCAGGCUCACUGGUGUGCUAAUCAUUUCCCUCCUGGUUUUGCAUAUCUUAUUUGAGGCUAUCUUAGUGGCUGGUAAGCUUUAGGCAUGGAUAAUGAGGAAGACUGAUGUGAGUCUGCUCCAUCCUUGCAAGACACUUCUUGUGAUCAUCAGGUCAAUGGUGUGCUGGUUCCUGACAGCCUCUGGUUUGAAAGAACUGCUGCUGCUGUUUCUUCCCUAUUUUAAUAAGACUAAGUAAUAUAUAUGCACUUCCCUAAAAGAAGGGAAUUCACACACUGAAUAGAAAAGCUUGUGAAAACAGUUUAAUCAGCCUAGAGUUGCUUUAAAUGCAGAUGAGUCAGUCCUUCCCUGCACAGGAUAAAACCAUAAAGAAUAAAUAUGUAUAAACUCUUCUUAUGCAAAAGGUCAGACUAAAUUAACUUCUGUUACAACCUUGAAACUUGAUUUCUCUGUUUUUGAAACUUGAGCUCUCUGCUUUCGCCCAAAAUGCUGCAAGAUCCUAUUAUCUGUGUAGCAGACUUAACCACAUCUGUCCAAAACUGAUUUGCACACAUACAUAUCCGUGCCAAAAGUCCAUUGGCUACAUGCACGGAGCUGCACGUCUUCAAGUAGCUUCUGCCUCUGAAAAUAUGGAACAGUGACACAGUGAAUGGAACUACACUUAUUGCAAUCCAGCGUGCUUUUCAGUCUUUGAAACCUAUCGGCUACAAACACAAACAGCUUAUCCAAAGGAACAAAAAAAUCCUCUUCCACAUAAAAGUCCAGUCUUGAACAACUCUUUUUUUUUUUUUUUUUUU